GAGUGCGUAUUCGACGUGCGCAUGGAAGGAAGCGCUGUGGGCUGCAUUACAAUGAUCUGAUCUCUUUCUGUUCUGCUAGCUGUUGGAUAUAUGACUAACAGAAUGAUAUCGGACAACCACAAUCUAACGUUGCAUUUGUGAAGAUAUCAAAGCAUUCGAAUAAAAUAUUUUAGCGUCAACUAAUAGACCAAAGAGCGGUUAUGAUGUGUAACAGUAGUCACGGUACCCAGCUAUACCUGGAGGUGCCGUCGUCAUGUCUGCCUAUCGUCUACUCUCCAGUAUACAACAUCACCUUCAUGGGCCUUGAGAAACUACACCCCUUCGACAGUGGGAAGUGGGGGAAAGUCAUCCACUUCCUAAAAGAGGAGAAGUUGAUCAGUGAUGGGAGCAUCGUUGAGGCACGGGAGGCUACAGAGGAAGACCUGCUGGUGGUUCACACAAAACGCUACCUCAACAGACUCAAGUGGUCCCUGGUUGUAGCGACCAUCACAGAGAUCCCUCCCCUUCUAUGCCUACCUAACUUCCUGGUUCAGAGACGGGUCCUGAGACCACUCAGAACGCAGACCGGAGGCACCAUCAUGGCAGGGAAACUGGCUGUAGACCGAGGCUGGGCCAUCAAUGUAGGUGGAGGUUUCCAUCAUUGCUCCAGUGACAAAGGAGGAGGAUUCUGUGCCUAUGCCGACAUCACCUUAGCUAUCAAGUUUCUGUUUGAAAGGGUGGAGGGAAUCUCCAGAGCCACCAUCAUAGAUCUGGAUGCACACCAGGGGAACGGUCAUGAGCGUGACUUCCUGGAUGACAGACGUGUUUUCAUCAUGGACGUCUACAACCGAUACAUCUACCCUGGAGACGGAUACGCAAAGAGAGCCAUAAAGCGUAAGGUGGAGCUGGACUGGGGGACAGAGGAUGAUGAGUACCUCCAGAAGGUAGAGCUCCACUCGGAGGGUGCUCUCAAUGAGGUCCGGCCUGACAUCAUAGUAUACAACGCCGGUACAGACAUCCUAGACGGAGACCCCCUGGGAGGGCUGGCUAUCUCACCACAGGGCAUCAUAAAGAGGGAUGAAAUAGUGUUCCGGGCAGCACGAAGGAGAGGGAUUCCCAUCCUGAUGGUGACAUCUGGUGGAUACCAGAAGAAGACUGCUCGCAUCAUCGCUGACUCCAUCAUCAACCUGCAUCGCCAGGGCCUGAUUGGAGGGAAUGAGGAUGGGGAGGUGGCAGAGGAGUGUGUGGGCGGAGUCCCCCUCGUGAUGAGCAGCUCUGACUCCUCCCCUUCCUCUGUGUCGACAGGACCAGCCCCCAACACCAUUUGACUGGAACUGAACAUGAGUUGGAUCUUAGGGUCCAGAGCUUCUCCUGGAACCGUAGGACACUAGAAGAAAAAUGUUAUGCUCGGGAAUAGAGUACCUUUUCAGACUUCCCCACGAUCUUACUGAUGCCCAAGGUGACUGUGACAGGGGUCGGUAAUGGUACAAGGUUGGUCGGGUAGCCUAGUGGUUAAGAGUGUUUGGCCAGUAAUUUGAAUCCCUGAGCCAGCUAGGUGAAAAAUCGACCGAUGUGCCCUUGAGCAAAGCACUUAACACUAGUUGCUCCUGUAAGUCUAUGGAUAACAGUGUCUGCUAAAUUACUAAAAUGUAAAUGUCUGAGACAUUCUGUAGUGGUUCGGGGUUGGACUGAGACAUUCUGUAGUGCUACAGAGUUGGUCUGAGACAUUCUGUAGUGGUUCGAGGUUGGACUGAGACAUUCUGUAGUGCUACAGAGUUGGUCUGAGACAUUCUGUAGUGGUUCGGGGUUCGUCUGAGACAUUCUGUAGUGGUACGGGGUUGGUCUGAGACAUUCUGUAGUGGUUCGGGUUUGGUCUGAGACAUUCUGUAGUGGUUCGGGGUUGGUCUGAGACAUUCUGUAGUGGUUCGGGGUUGGUCUGAGACAUUCUGUAGUGGUACGGGGUUGGUCUGAGACAUUCUGUAGUGGUACGGGGUUGGUCUGAGACAUUCUGUAGUGCUACGGGGUUGGUCUGAGACAUUCUGUAGUGGUUCGGGGUUCGUCUGAGACAUUCUGUAGUUGUUCGGGGUUGGACUGAGACAUUCUGUAGUGCUACAGACUUGGUCUGAGACAUUCUGUAGUGGUUCGGGGUUGGUCUGAGACAUUCUGUAGUGGUACGGGGUUGGUCUGAGACAUUCUGUAGUGGUACGGGGUUGGUCUGAGACAUUCUGUAGUGGUUCGGGGUUCGUCUGAGACAUUCUGUAGUGGUUCGGGGUUCGUCUGAGACAUUCUGUAGUGGUUCGGGGUUGGUUUGAGACAUUCUGUAGUGCUACAGGGUUGGUCUGAGACAUUCUGUAGUGCUACAGGGUUGGUCUGAGACAUUCUGUAGUGGUACGGGGUUGGUCUGAGACAUUCUGUAGUGGUUCGGGGUUGGUCUGAGACAUUCUGUAGUGGUUCGGGGUUGGUCUGAGACAUUCUGUAGUGCUACAGGGUUGGUCUGAGACAUUCUGUAGUGGUACGGGGUUGGUCUGAGACAUUCGGUAGUGGUUCGGGGUUGGUCUGAGACAUUCUGUAGUGGUACGGGGUUGGUCUGAGACAUUCUUUAGUGGUACGGGGUUGGUCUGAGACAUUCUUUAGUGGUACGGGGUUGGUCUGAGACAUUCUGUAGUGCUACAGGGUUGGACUGAGACAGAUAUAUAGUUUUCUGUGGACAGUAAUCAAAUCAAAUCAAAUCAAAUUUAUUUAUAUAGCCCUUUGUACAUCAGCUGAUAUCUCAAAGUGCUGUACAGAAACCCAGCCUAAAACCCCAAACAGCAAGCAAUGCAGGUGGAGAAGCACGGUGGCUAGGAAAAACUCCCUAGAAAGGCCAAUACCUAGGAAGAAACCUAGAGAGGAACCAGGCUAUGUGGGGUGGCCAGUCCUCUUCUGGCUGUGCCGGGUGGAGAUUAUAACAGAACAUGGUCAAGAUGUUCAAUGUUCAUAAAUGACCAGCAUGGUCGAAUAAUAAUAAGGCAGAACAGUUGAAACUAGAGCAGCAGUAGUGUUUAAUACUAACACUAAACAUGGUGAAUUCAGACAUUGGACUUUAAGAUUGACUUAAGUUUUCUCGUUCAUGUAUUAGUUUCUGGUUCAAACCAAUCUAGGGAGAAAGAGGGCCUUUUAAACCCUAAUAUUGAUGACGGUUAGGAACUGGGUUAGGUCUGACUGGCCCAGAGUUUCACCUGGGCUCCUGGGCUAUGACCCAAAUGGCACCUAAUUCCUUAUAUAGUGCACUACGUUGGGCCUAGGGGCCUGUAUGGUUUGAUACUGCCACUGACUUGAAUUCGCUAGUUCAUAUUGACUUGAAGGACCAAUCUAUGAAAAAAGGGCCUUUACCUGGUCUAAUCACAUGGGUUGGUGAGGGAAAACUCAUGGGCCGUGUCCUAACACCCUAUUAUUUAGGGCACUACUUUGUCCAAAGGGGCUGUAAGGUAACUUAGUAGGACUUUACAGUAUGACUUUACAGAAGGACUUUACAGUAGGACUUAGUAGGACUUUACAGACAUUUGCUUCAUUGGAUGUUGAUAAUAUUGGAAGAGUUUUACAUGUUGUAUGAGUGUUUGGCACAGGGUUUCAAGGGCAUUAUAACAAUGUGAUUUAAAAAAUUUUAAAAAAGUAAUUGAUGAGAGUAAUAUAAUAUGAUUGGUAUUGGUUAAUUAAUUAAUGAGAGAAUAAUACAAUAUGAUUGGUAUUGGUUAAUUAAUUAAUGAGAGAAUAAUACAAUAUGAUUGGUAUUGGUUAAUUAAUUAAUGAGAGAAUAAUACAAUAUGAUUGGUAUUGGUUAAUUAAUUAAUGAGAGAAUAAUACAAUAUGAUUGGUAUUGGUUAAUUAAUUAAUGAGAAUAAUACAAUAUGAUUGGUAUUGGUUAAUUAAUUAAUGAGAGAAUAAUACAAUAUGAUUGGUAUCGGUCAAUGAAUAAAUGAAAAUGAAUAGCAACAUUCCAAAACGUAGUUCUUCUUCAGAUUGGGAAAUCUGGCCUUCAUCCCAAAUGGCAUCCUAUUUCCUGUAUAGUCCACUACUUUUGACCAGAGGUCCAACGUGCCCUGGUUAAAAGUAAGGAAUUGGGCGCCAUUUGGAACAUAUCUCUGAUGUGAUCUGCUACGCUCCGCACCACAUCUGAAAUACAUUUAGAAUCCUCCUGAUCCCAAGACUUUUGUUGAAAUAUUUGGUUUAAGGUUCCUGCACUUGUUAGAAAGCAGUGAUACUUCAUUCUAUUAUCUGUCCAUGUUAAAGUGAUUCUGAUGGUUAAACUUUGUAAUAUAUGAACAUAAUAAUGCCAUUUAGCAGACACCAUUCAUGACCUUAUUGUAUUCAGCCAUUCAUGACCUUAUUGUAUUCAGCCAUUCAUAACCUUAUUGUAUUCAGCCAUUCGUGACCUUAUUGUAUUCUGCCAUUCAUAACCUUAUUGUAUUCAGCCAUUCAUGACCUUAUUGUAUUCGGCCAUUCAUGACCUUAUUGUAUUCAGCCAUUCAUGACCUUAUUGUAUUCAGCCAUUCAUAACCUUAUUAUAUUCAGCCAUUCAUGACCUUAUUGUAUUCAGCCAUUCAUAACCUUAUUGUACUCAGCCAUUCAUAACCUUAUUGUAUUCAGCCAUUCAUAACCUUAUUGUACUCAGCCAUUCAUAACCUUAUUAUAUUCAGCCAUUCAUGACCUUAUUGUAUUCAGCCAUUCAUAACCUUAUUGUACUCAGCCAUUCAUAACCUUAUUGUAUUCAGCCAUUCAUAACCUUAUUGUAUUCAGCCAUUCAUAACCUUAUUAUAUUCAGCCAUUCAUGACCUUAUUGUAUUCAGCCAUUCAUAACCUUAUUGUACUCAGCCAUUCAUAACCUUAUUAUAUUCAACCUGUUUCUCACACCUUUUCUUCAAUCAGAAAUAAUUUUUGAAUUCUAACAAACUUACUUUCAAGAUAACUCCUUUUUUUGUUUCAUAUACAUUCUGUUGUAUUCCCUAUAUUUAUAUUCCAUUCUGUAUUCCCCAUAUCUACUAAUGUUCAAAAGUUUGGGUUCACUUAGAAAUGUCCUUGUUUUUGAAAGAAAAGCAAAUGUUUUGUUAAUUAAAAUAACAUCAAAUUGAUUAGAA